GCGCUAAAUAAUGGACUAGCCGUUACACUGGCGGUAAUUAUAUGAGUUACUUGAGUUUCCCUAGGGAUUCUGUUUUAGUUUUCUAAAGUUUGUGCAUUAUUAAUUACCAAGUGUUCCAAAGGAAUUUUUUGUUUUGUUUUCCUGAAUUUUCGUUUCAUACCAUAUAUCGUUAGGAUAUACAACCAACAAAGGAGAAAUAUUUCAACGCAUUGCGUUGAAAAAGAAAGGGGAAAUGAUGAGAGAACGCUCCAGAAUGUCUUCUUUUCAUCUGUAAAAGAAAUGUAAUGCGGAUUUUCUGAUUUUUAUUGCUCUGUGUUUCAAAAGACCUUGAAUUGUCCACUUUUUGCCUAAAUACCUAAUCUCCCAAGUUUGCGGAAAUUUUGGGGUUUAGGUGACAUGUUACCCAAAAUUUCUCCAAAAUGAUUCAGAUUUUCCCUAUAAUUGGGAGAUUGGGUACACGCCAAAUCGUCUACUGCAAUCGACGUUAGAAAUGGUACAUAUACAAAGAAACUUUUAAAUUAAGCUCCAUGUAGAUUAAAAUGACUGGCAACUCCAGGUGUCCUGACGUAUGACAAAAUAUAGCGCAUAGACGUCUUAGGAUUGUCAUCCAUUAGCCACGUCAGCAUGUUCAUCUGCAAUACAAACAAAUAAUCCAAUGAAUUGUGUUGACCUACAGAUUUGACGCUUAUGUCUCCUUUCUAGAGACGUACAUCCAACGUACGCAGUUCCUCUUUAGAUGACAAAGAGACCUGCAAACUUGGUAUUCUGAUAUCGAAUUGCCGCAGAUAUUCACGCCCACCAGACUUUAACACUAGCUGCCUAAUGUUGGCAAUCAAGUCUGAAACAGCAGACGAUAUAUGCUGCAGUACAGCAUACAGGCUGUCAAAUCUUAAGCACUUAAUCGGACACGUGACUUACUCGGCCGCUAACGCACUGCUCACGUGCCUAGACUCGGACGUUGAGGGCGACAUCAAAAGGAUGAAUAGAACUUGGCGAUAACUAUCAGGGAAAGCCCAGCCGAUGAUUCCUAAUUGGCACCUUAUGUCCCAAGAAGAAUAACAGGCUGAAGUUAGUACUUACUAUACUGACCGUUUAUGUUUUUUGUGACGUGAGCAAUAUUGUUGGUGGUCUGGGUCAUUAGUUUAGUCCAUUCGGUAGUUAUCAGUGAUUGUGUUUCAUCUGAAAUGUUGCUCAACGUAAAAUGAGAAUUCCCAGAUGAUUAAUUAGUAAUACUCUGGAUAGUUCAGAAGGAUCGUAAUACUAGUUAGCGGAUUAGCCUCUGAAUUGAGGCCAUAAACUGUUAAGUCGAAUGGCAACUUAAACUGCUAAGCUGUUCUACAUCAUCCUGUGUCGUAAUAACUCUGUCAGAUCUGUCUUAAUUUAUGCACAACUCUUCUGUACUAUUUAUUGCAGUACGUUUCAGAAGAUGAGCGUUCUUUCAUGCUACAUCCAAAAUGCUUUUUGUAAGUUUCGAUUUCUGAGUGCACAGAAGAGCUUUCUGUCAACCACACACUUUGGGUUUGAAACAGUAGCAACCAAGGAUAAGCAAUCGAAAGUAAAUCAUGUGUUUGAGAACGUAUCCAAGAAAUAUGAUUUGAUGAAUGAUAUAAUGAGUUUUGGUGUUCACCGUUUAUGGAAAGAUUGUUUUGUAAGCCGAAUUAUGCCAACAGAUAAACUAAAGUACUUAGACGUUGCAGGUGGAACAGGUGAUAUUGCCUUUAGGUUAUUUAAGUAUGCUAAGCAUAUUAAUGGAGUGCCGGAAGUUCCGAAUGUGAAACCCCUCACUGGUCUCGACGUCACAGUUUGUGAUAUUAGUCCAUCCAUGAUGGAAGUAGGGAAAUCACGGGCGGAAGAAUUGGGGUUUUCUUCCAUUCAGUGGAUAGAAGGAAAUGCUGAAAACCUCCCGUUUAAUGAUAAUUCGUUUGACGUUUAUACUAUUGCUUUUGGAAUACGCAAUUGCACACAUAUUGAAAAGGUAGAAUUAUUUAUAUUCGUUUCAGAAUUUUUUUAGGUUGUUUCAGAAGCCUAUCGAGUACUACGUCCCUGGGGUCGAUUUUACUGUUUGGAAUUUAGCAAAGUUGAAAAUAACUUAUUCAGAAAGUUAGUUAUUUUCAUAGGGAACGCAUUCUUUGUUCACAACUAAUAUUCUCGUUAACAUAUUGCCCCUCAACUUUUCCUUGGCGAAUAGCCUCAUGAUUUCUGUGCAACUUAUAUCACAUUUUGAUGUCAGUGAAACAACCCUAAAAGGCCAUACCAUACUGAACACCUUUCUACACUGUUUCAAAAUCUAUAAUCACUCUUCCAAGCAUCAGGUCAUGUAUUAGACGACGAUGGUCAUUUGAAAACUUCUGCUCCAAAGGACUAAACAGGUCUUUGGGUCUCACAAAUCCUGCCUUUUACCACCAUUGUAUUCACCGAAAACGAGUGAAUUUAUUGUUCACUUUACGUCUUGUUAUUGCAAUAAACAACCGUAUAUGCCAUCUGGUUAACUAGUGAUUAGUUUCGAUUGUACCCUGGUUCUCCAUCAGGAUUGUUCUUAUUAAUAUAGACUCAAGAACAAUGACCUUGCUUACUACUGAAUGUUAGGGUUACUAAUACACUUGCUGCUUGCAUCGGUACUUAUUGAUAAAUUCGCUAUGUUUUGCUUGAAUUCAGGUCUCAGUUGUUAAAUAGGAUGAAACAUUAGUAGUGGCUGAAUUUUUGUUAGUUCAAAUCAUGGUGUGGUCUUCAUAAAAUUUCAUAGAACAAUCUCCUUUAUUUGAUGUACGACUAGUAAGUCCUAGAAUAUUUUUCAACGUACCUAACGUUUGCUAUUACCUCGAUAUCUGGCUGGACAGUUUGCUGCAAAUACUAUUUAAUUGAUAAUACAAUUUACAAAAGCUGUAGGAUGAUCAAAUGAAAAUUGCACUCAGUUCUGAAUCCUUCCAGUUAGUUACUUCAAAAAUAUAUGAUAUCUCUAGCUUUUGUUGGGUUGAAUGUAAUGGUUCCUAUUCAAGCUACGUUCGGUUGCACUGAUGUACAUCAUAAUUACGACGUCGAGAACACUGUACCUACUAUAGUCUGUAAAGAAGGCAUUAUUUAUUGCAGAUUGUAUAAUGCAUUUGGUGUAUCUCAGUAGGUAUCUUAAUUUGAAAUCGCUUUGCCAAAAAAAUCAUAGAUAUAUGACGAUUCUUCAUCCGGCAACUAAGUGUGUGACGUAAAAAAAUAUUUUAUCCUAGUUCAGCAUAAUAUAAGUCGUACCCGCAAGUGCGCUGGUACAGCGGAGAGUGGGGAGAGUAAGCUCUCCCUCUAGAAAUGCUCUCACAUGGCUACGUGCAUACAACUACUGCCACACAAGUCCUACUCACUCCCUCGCCGCAUUACUAUUGUUUACGAAAUUAAGAGGACGAAAAGCGACUAUCCGGCGCUUUAACCAGUUCGGUGAAUAUGGGGGAUCCACUCACGGGAGUUGAAAAACCCUGAUUCCAAACCAAUAGUACAUAUGGUCUCGACGAUCCUGAGGGAACAAAUAGUGUAUGAACCAAUCGUUGAUCACCGGCUACCAUGUGACUGCAUAUCCUGACGUUGCUCCACUGCCUUAUGGAUUAGACCUUUAGGUCGAAGGCCCCGGGUGUGGCUCACCUGCUUCGGUUUGGGCACCUGGACAGUAUUCUAUCCCUCUCACAAAUCGAAUGAUUUAUAUGGCGCAUAUAUAUUUGGUGCCUCCUCGUACCAAUGUUUAUUUGUAUAAAUAAAGACCUGUUGAUCAUACCAAUAUAAAUAGGAUUAAGGUUAUUCUCUUCCAUAUAGUUUAUGUGGACAGUUGUCAAGCCGUCUUUUGUUUAUUUACAUACCCUUCUGUUAAAUAUGAAAAUUAGUUAUAUUUUAAAAAUAAGCUUUAAAAGAUCAUAAUUUCUCAACUACCACCAUUUUCUAAAAUACUUGUUUUAAUUCCAGCAUAUAUAACACAUAUUCUAUGCAGUUAAUACCUGUAAUUGGUCAACUUAUUGCAGGUGAUUGGAAUUCUUACAAAUAUUUAGUUGAAAGUAUUCGUCAAUUUCCUAAUCAAGAAGAAUUUGCUCAUAUCAUUACACAAUCAAAAUUUGAUGGUGUUAAUUGGAUUAAUUAUUCAAAUGGUAUUGUAUCAGUUCAUAUGGGCUAUAAGACUCCAUCCAAGUAGUUGUGUUUAGUGAUUUCAUUCCAUGAUGUUGUACAGUAGGAGCCUAGUUAAUGUUUUUUUUCUCUCUCACUGUAUUUUACCUUUAAAUAUGAUCGUAUUAGCUACGCUUUCAUAUUGAGGCAUUUCUUCAAGUUUCUUUGUUUAUAUAUUUUUCUAAAAGAAUGUCCUCCUUCUAUUGUAUUCUGACAAUUUCAGAGUUCGACCCUAUAUAAGGUUUUAUUCACUUAUGUUACCUAAUAGUGGAAAAAGUAGUUUGUUAUAUAAAAAUAACAAUAUUGUAAAGAAAUAAGCAAGAAAAUAUAAGUAACAGGGAAUGACAAGUGUUAAAAUACACAAUUCGAGUAAAACACAACCAAGAUGGAUUUUGUUUAUUCGAAGGGUUUAUUUUACUGUUUCUUAGGGGUGUAAUAGUAGUAGUUAAUCACAUCAGGGUCAUCAUUAAUCAAAGUAAUGUUUUAUAACUUUUGGAUUUGCUGAAAUGUUCGAUCACUAAAAUUCUAUCUACAGUUGUCUUAAUGAGCAGAUGAGCUCCAAUCUAAUACAACUAACUGUCUUCCACUGCACGGCGCCAUAUCAUAAGUUGACCAUUGCUUAGGUCGGUAAGUUCUGUGCACUAUGAAAGCCAAUAAAACUUUUCAACAUGAAAACAUUGAGUAAUACAUGCCCAUUUUGGGUAGACUAGGUUCGAUAAGCAUGUAGCAAAACUGCUCUAAUAGCAGUGUUGUAAAUGCGACCUAUUGUGGUUAAGUUAGCUGUGCGAAAGCUGGUAUAGAUAGAUGGAAGGUAUAAAAGACGUUAGUGAAAAACAUUUUACGGGGUAUUUGUUGGGAUAUUCAGAAAAAUUAUCCUGUUAAGUCUAGUGCUAUCCUUGGACUUGAAAUGGUAUCAUUUUCCUAUUGGUCAAUAUUUAUUUCACGUGUCACUUUCCUGUUGGCCAAAUAUUGUACAAAUGUUAUUUUCUGUUUUAUGGUACGUUGUGGUCUAUCUGGUUGAUAUAUAAAUCGAGUAUGUUUGAAAUAAAUAAUUCAUAUCGCAGAGGCUGAGACUUGUGUUCUGGACUUAAUUGACUGGGCUAGAUGGAAAGCAGGGCCAAUCAAAACUCUAGACUGCUCAUACGGUUUUACGCGUCAUUGAUCCGAUCGAUAAGUCACUGCACAUUAAUAGGCGGUCACAAGUUAUAACAGUAUUCUUGAGUUCUUACUGUACCAUUUAAUCGGACAGUAUCCAAAUAACUGCUGGAAGAAAGCAUUACUUGUUUUAUUUUCAAACUUAAUGUCAGAGACAUGAAAAGUUGGUAUUUUGCCUUAGAGAUGAACAAAGGGUGAGUCUUGCUGGAUCUCUGUACUCUCAAAUGAAUGACCCUGCUGGGAUCUCGUGUACAGGAUUCGGAGACAAUAUAGAUAGAUGACAUGAGAUUCUAGUCUUAGCUGAUGAAACCUGUUGUCUGAUUUGACAUAUUGUUUGAAUAUUAAGAGCUCCAACAUAUAGUUUUGAGAUAGGUUUCAGGAAAAUAGUACCCACAUUUCACAGAUUCAAGUUGUUAGCACUGGUUGCACCUCUAUCAACAAGAAAAUAUGCUAUAGUACUGUUGUCGAUUGUACAGAAUGUAUAACUAUAGUACUUGUUGGUGCCAAUUACAGCAGGAGUCACCGAAAAGCAAAUAUCCUGUUCCCUUGAUUAAUGAAUAUGUAGUCAGCGAGAACAUAAAUGGACACAAUCGAAUGUAUUUGAACACAAAAUUACAGAAUCAUUUAGUGAAAUCUGAGAACCAUAUAGUAAAUAAUUCAUUUGCAAAAUGUUAAUCAUUUGUCUCAGACUUGAUUGUUCCUUCAUUUCCACACCAAUUAUUCUUUGUUCUCUUUUAUUUGAUCUUCUUAACCUUUCGCCUCCAGGUAUUUCACUUUCGGCUGGUAACACAUACUACUUAUAUAUAUCGAUAUCAGUAGCACACAUCACAAAGUGAAUGUUUAAGAGAUACACAUGAAAUUACUUUGCAUUAUUUAUUCACUUAUGUCAAUCAGUACAGAGUUUACUUGGAAUUGGAUAAUGAACGUUAAGUGUGUGUAUGUGUGUGUGUGUGUGGAAUAAAUGCAAAGUGAUAUUUUCGUUCACGGUGUUGUUUGUCAUUCUUUCAGUACAUUCAAUGAAAUUUAAAUUAUAAUUGUGGCUUAACUAUAAUUAGUUAUACCUGUAUAAAGAAUGUCUAGGCAAAAGGAAAAAAAUGCAUCGAUCAGUACUCUCAUGAUAAAUUUUUUUUCAAAGUUAUUAGAAUCUUCCACAUUUUCGAUAAAAUUCCUUCUUCAAUUCUUACAAAAAAUAUCACAAUAGAAAACAAUUAUUUGUCAUAUAUCUAGUUUUAUAUCAUUAAAAUGUCAGUUUCUGCCUAAUUUCUAAGGUCGAUAUUUUUUAGUCCAUUACAAAGGUGUAGUCGAUGUCAGUUUGAACAUGCCCCUAAACGUCCCUCUCCCAAUGCUUUCACACGGUCACGCGUAUACAACCAUUAUCAGGGAAGUCAUACUCACUGCCUUCUAGCAGCAUUACUGUUGUUUACGAAAUUCAGAGGAUGAAAAGCCCUAACCGGGUUGGUGGAUAUGGAUGAUCUACUUAAGGGAGUUUGAAAAACUUGAUUCUAUAUCAAUGGUGCACAUGUGUUCCAGGAUCCUGAAGGAACAAAUGGAGUAUGAACGAAUUGUUGGUGACCGGCUACCAUGGGACUGCAUCUCUUAACGUUGCUCCACUGCCAUGUGGAUCAGACCUUUACGUCAAAUGCUUGAGGUAUGGCUCCCUAAGAAAGCCACCUGUUUCAGUUUGAUUACCCGAGUAGUAUCACAUCCCACACACAAAUCAAGUGAAUUGUGUGACGCAUAUAUGUUUGGUGACCCUUUUUAUCAAUAUCUAUGACCUAAACAAAUAUUCCACGGUGUAUGGGAAGGAGUUCCUUCCUUUUUUUCAAACUAAACACAAACAAAUAAUAUUUGUAACUAAUUGAAAUCGGAAGUAGUAGUAGUAUGAUCUUGAUUUAAUUCA